GCGGGCAGCAUUUGCUCGCGCGCCGGAGGCGGGAGCCUGGUCGCCGGGGCCUGAGGCCCGAGGACUCGCCGAGUCACACCAUGCUGAGCGCGACUCGGGGCAGGCUGGCUUCCGCGCUGUGGGCGUCCCGGCUCACCCGCAGGUGCCUGCACGCGACACGGCCGCGGUCCUCGGCGGGUCAGGGCGGGAGGACCGGGCAGCCGCCCAGCGCCUUCGACCCGGCGCUGCUGGACUUCCUGGUGUGUCCGCUGUCCAAGAAGCCGCUGAGAUAUGAAGCAUCAACGAAUGAAUUGAUUAAUGAAGAAUUGGGAAUAGCUUAUCCAAUCAUUGAUGGGAUUCCUAACAUGAUUCCACAGGCAGCAAGGAUGACACAUCAAAAUAAGAAGCCAGGAGAAACAAAGCAGCAGUAGAAGAACAUUUUUAUAAACCACAGUGGCCACAUGCUCUUGAAUAGUACAUCCCUUUUAAAACCUGGUGGCAGGUAGUCAGUGGGAGGAGAGAAUGUUCCUUUCUCUUCCUACGCUCACCGUCCUCAUCCCGCUG